UAUAGCCUCUGUCUCUGCUCAGUUCUUUGUGGCGUUUGUCCACACUUGUUGUACCUUGUGAAAUUUUUUUGUUUGUUUGUUUUUUUGCGGUUUAAACGGACUUUUGUUACCUGCUGUUCUUUGGAUUAUCUGCUCUCCUAAAUAAAGCCAUGCGCUCCAGUCCAACCCCACAUCCUCCUCUUUACCUGAGCCUCCUUCUCUUUCUGUCAUGGAACUCCCCGGUUCUUUCCUGUAUAACAGUCAACAACAGCAAGUGUGAGUCUGCUCCAUUUGUACCAGGCCACAACCUGAUUGGGGAGGGAUUUGAUGUCAUCACCCUGCGCCGAAAAGGAGCCUACAUGAUUGAUGUAGCUACUUACCGCAAACCAGAUGGCACCUGUACUCUCUGCACCAACCGCAAUCAAAACAAAACUCUACAAAAACUGCCGGCCUCUGUUGUCGACUGGCAUGCAAUCAGCCAAUGCAAAACCGAUAUCUCCAGCAGUGCACACACCACUGUUAGUUCACUACUUAACUCUUAUACUGAUCAGGACAUCCACGACUGGAAGGCUGGACUAAGUAUAAAUCUCAUAUCUACCGGCGUGGGGAUUGGAGGAACACACUCCAUGGCAUAUGCAUUUGCUUCAAAAAGGACCAAAGAGGACCACUACUCCUUCAGCACACACAUGGUCACCUGUACUCAUUAUCGUUACCGGGUAUCAAGAACACCGACCCUUAGCUCUGAGUUCAUCAGGGAUGUGGCCAGUUUGCCAAGUCGCUAUAACUCCUCCACCAGAGAUCAGUACAACGAGGUCAUAGAUACCUACGGCACACAUUACAUUCGCAAGGUUCGUCUUGGUGGCCGUCUUAGACGAGUCACAGCUGUACGAACCUGUUUGUCCAGACUAAACGGAUUCUCCUCAAAUGAGGUACAUGAAGAACAUUUGCCUGCACACAGUCACCAGACUGCAUAUUUCUACUCCAUAUGA